GUAAACAUUGAAGCAGCUGAUGUCUCCGCGCUUAUUGCUGCUGGAGCGCAAUCAUGAUAAGUGAAGAAAAAGCGCGAGUCUCGUCGUCUCUUGCGCGGAGCGACCACAUCUCUUUUCUGGAUGGAAACACACUGUACGUCUGGGGUGGAUGUCGGUGUGUGGAUGGAAAAGAAAUUUGUCAUCCCAGUGAUGAGAUCUUGCUUUAUGAUAUGGAGAGUGGAGCCUGGUCCCACAGGCUUAUGGGCGGAGAGGUUCCUCCUAUCUUAUCACAGACAUGUGGAGCAUAUCUUCAGGGUGUUCUUUACAUUUUUGGGGGUUGUGAGCGCAGUGGCUACACCAACCAGAUGUACUGUGUUGACCUCUCGGACGGAGAAUACAACUGGAGAAAAGUGACGGAAACAGUGGGAACGACUCCAUCUCCUAGGAUCAGACAUUCCUGUUGGGUCUACAGAAACAGGCUUAUCUACUUUGGCGGAUACAGCGGCAAAAUGGUCAGAGAGAUCAACAACUCCAAGAAAUUUAUAGUGGAUGAGACUUCCUGGACAACAAUCGGGUCGGAUGUUUUCCAGUUUUGGGGAUGGAAUAAUGAAGUACACAUGUUUGAACCUGAGUCAGCCACUUGGACAGAACCACAUACCCAGGGCCAAUCUCCAGAACCCAGAUCGUCCCAUGCAAGUGCUACUUUAGGUCAUAAGGGCUACGUGUGCGGAGGUCUGGAAACGCAGACGAUAGACAUUCAUUGUUUAGAUCUGGUGACGUGGAUGUGGACACAAAUUGACCAUCAAGCUGGGACUCUCCCACGAGGUCGUACUCUUCACACACUCACAGCCAUCUCAGAUCACAAACUCUUCCUGUUUGGGGGUCUCAGUACUUACGGGGACGUUCUCAGUGAUGGGUGGGAAUUCAACACUAUAACAAAAGAAUGGAAAGCGAGAAACCACACGCACAAAGACAAACCCAGGCUAUGGCAUUCUGCCCACAAGGGGAGAGAUGGUGAUGUAGUCGUUUUCGGAGGAAGCCAGACCUUCACCUUUUUCAUGGAUUCAGUGGUGAUGCUCAGGUCUCCUUCUCAAAGCCACUGUGGUGAUGUGCUGCUGUUUCAGACUCAACCAUACUCGCUGUCAAGAUUAUGUGAGGACAGCAUAGGAAAACAAACAGUAUCUGUCCAAGAGCAAAUGUCGUGGUUACCUGCCAAACUUCAGAAGACAAUUGGCAAAAGGAUAUCCUACUUUAUGGACAAUCCUUAAAAAUGAAUAUGCACUUACCUUUAAGUUUACAAGGACAGUUCUCAUUUCUUGAUUUAAAGUAUGAAUGUUUCUAUCCUAAUCAAGGCAUGUUUAUUUAUAGAUAGCUUAUCACAAUGCAUAUUGUUUCAGAGCAGCUUCACAGAAAUGUGUCUCAAUGUUUUAAUAGCAUUCCAAUCAAUUCAAUACACUUGAAUGUAGAUAUAUAAACAAUGUAGAUAAGAAUAUAAGAUAAUUAUUGACAUUCUAGAUAAAACCACAUUUUAACUGUAAAUACCUCUUUUGUCUGUUUUCAGAAAAUAUGUGUUUUUGUUUAGGAUUAAACUUUAAUAUAUUCGUAGAUAUUUAGGAAACAUGCCAAGUUCACAUAUCUGUUUCUCUGAAAAACAUUAUUCUCUUUUUGAUGUUUUUUUUUGUUGUUGUUUGUUGAAAUUUGUGUUUUUGAUUUGAUCUGUGUGAUCCCGCCCACUGCUAAUUUAUCCAAUAGUGUAUUUUCACAGCUUGGUUGCCAGUUAUUACCGUAACUUAAAUCAGGAGUUCUCAACCUUUUCCACUUCAAAGCCCCCCUAUUGUCCACAACAGUAUUUGGAGGCCCUCCACCUAUAAAUUUUACCAAAUGAAAUACACUAGAGCUUCACUUUAAAAAAAAAUAUUUGUUGGUUUAACUUAAAAAAGUGUUUGUGCUGCCUUAAAAGUGAGCGGAGUUAAUAAAAGUUAGUAAAAAAAGUAGUUAAUUCAACAUUUUAACUAAGUUAACUUAUUUUUUUAAAAACUAAACUUGAAUUACAGUGGGUAUAGAAAAGAAUCACCCCCCUUUAAAAUAAUCACAUUUUGUUGCUUUGAAGCCUAAAUUGAAGACAGACACAGUUUUUGUUUCAUUCAGCUGUAUUUACUCAGUGUAAUAUCAUCCAAGUGAUUUAAAUCCAACAUAUCAGAAAAUUAAAUAAUAAAAAAACAUAAUCACUGAGUUGGAAAAAGAAUCACCCCCUUGUUUCAGUAUUUUGUUGAGCCACCUUUUGCUUUAAUUACAGCCUUUAGUCUGUUGGGAUAUGUCUCUACUAACUUUGCACAUCUAGACGUUGCAAUAUUUGACCACUUUUCUUUGCAGAACCGCUCCAAUUCAGUUAAAUUUGAUGGUGACCGUUUGUGGACUGCUGUUUUCAAGUCAUUCCACAAAUUUUCAAUGGGGUUUAAGUCUGGGCUCUGACUAGGCCAUGCAAGGACAUUCACCUUUUUGUCCUUCAACCACUGUGUGGUCAGUUUUGCUGUGUGCUUUGGGUCAUUGUCAUGUUGGAAGGUAAAUCUUCUUCCCAUUGACAACUUUCUGGCAGAGAGCAGCAGAUUUUCCUCAAGAAUUUGACGGUAUUUUGCCCCAUCCAUUUUUCCUUCUAUCCUGACAAGUUCUCCAGUCCCUGCUGCAGAGAAACAACCCCAUAACAUGAUAUUACCACCUCCAUGCUUUACAGUAGGGAUGGUGUUAUUUGGAUGGUGAGCUGUAUUGGAUUUUCGCCAGACAUAUUGUUUGGCGUUGAGGCCAAAUAAUUCAAUUUUAGUCUCAUCUGACCAUAACACCUUUUUCCACGUGGCCUUCUUCAAGGUGCGUUUUGGCAAAGCUCAGUCGUGACUGAAUUUGGCCUUUCUUGAGGAGUGGCUUUUUUCUUGCAACCCUCCCAUACAAGCCACAUUGUUGUCACAUGCACACAAUGACCAGUCUUUGUCAUAAAUUCCUGCAACUGCUUCAGAGUUGCUGUAGGCCUCUUGGUAGCCUCUCUGACCAGUUUCCUCCUGGCUCUUUCAUCCAGUUUGGAGCGACGUCCUGACGCAGGGAGGGUAUGUGUUGUACCAAAUACCUUCCACUUCUUAAUAAUAGACUUCACUGUGCUUCUAGGCACUGAUAAAGCCUUUGAGAUGUUUUUGUAUCCAUCUCCUGACUUGUGCCUCUCCACAACUUUAUCCCGGAGAUCUUUUGACAAUGCCUUGCCACCCAUAGUUGAUUGUUUUCUUCAGUUGCACUACCAAGGACUGAAAUGCUUCAGGAAAAGCUUGUUUCAUGCUGAGCUAAUCAAAAUGACCACAGCUGAUCACAGUUGAAAGUCAAUUGGCUUUGUGUGCUAUUGAUAAGGUUAUUUAACUACACCUGGUAGGGUUUACAAGUCAUUUUUAGGAGGGGGGUGAUCCUUUUUCCAACUCAGUGAUUCUGUUUUUUAUUUUGUAUUUUUUUUCCUGACAAGUUGGUAUUAUAUCUUUCACUUGGAUGUUA